AUGAAAUAUAUUAAUGAACCUGGAAUAUAGGCAAAUAUACACAGAUACAAAGUUUUAGUGUGAGCUGUUUUCAUUAGUAAUUUUUACACCUUAAAACUUUGUUUCUUUCCAAAUAGUCAUCUAGUUUCCACAGAGAUGAAGGAUGAAUGUAGGAGUUUGCUGGCAGCUCCGUUUGUGAAGGUGCUGACAGUCAACAUGUUCCGGAGUCUCUUCUUCCUUCCAGGAGUUUGGACUGAAUGUAGAGAAAGAUACCUCCACAUUACUGCACCAAAGAAGCUGGAAGCUCUGAGUGGAUCCUGUUUGAUAAUUCCAUGUAGCUUUACUACUACACCAGGAAAUGAACAGAAGUUUGACAACACUAGAAAAAUCAUUGGAAUGUGGAUUAAGAAUAAUCGCGAUUUUGAGAACAAUCCAGGGAAUGUGAUUUUCAACAGCAGUAAGCAGCAAAACAUCUAUCCAAUGAAGAUCAUUGGAAACCUGACACAGAAAAACUGCACCACUUUGUUUUCUAAUUUAACUUCAAAAUAUACAGAAAAAUAUUAUUUUAGGAUUGAAAAUGGAGAAUUCAAAGCAACUGACUUUUGCAAUUAUACUGAGAUAAAAAUUCAAGAUUCUCCUCAGCGUCCCAGCAUUGAAAUCCCAGAUGAUCCUAAGGAGGGGGCGUCUGUCUCCAUCACCUGCUCGGCUCCCACUCCCUGUCUUCACUCCCCUCCUGAACUCACCUGGAAUCUCCAACCAGACUUUCAGAGACAAACAGAGAAAAACACAGAUGGAAGCUUUACAACUAAAAUCCAGAAGAUCAUCACUCUGUCAGACACUCAUGAUGGAUCGAUCAUCAUCUGUUCUGCCAGAUAUCCUGUGAAUGGAGGACCACCAAAGACAGCAGAGACACACAAGACUCUCAGUGUUUCAUAUGCUCCUAAGAAGACCUCAGCAUCCAUCAGUCCAUCAGGUUUAGUGUCAGCAGGUAGCUGGGUGACGAUGACCUGUUCCAGCAGAGCCAAGCCUGCUGUCAGCAACUUUAUCUGGUUCAGGAGCAGCAAAGAUGGAGACGUGAAAGUAGCUGAAGGAGAAUCUUACAGCCUGAAUGCCACAGAGGGAGGAGGAGUUUAUUACUGUGUGGCUACAAAUGAUCUGGGGAACCAGACGUCUCCAAAGAUUGAUCUGAUUGUUGAAGGUUCUCUGAAAUUAACUAUUCAGACUUUUGGAAGACUUGCGGCGAUCCUCAUCUUUACCUGCUUAAUUUUCUGUAUUUGGUGUUUUAAGAAAUUUCAACUACAGCAGCAGAAACAACCUGCAACUGAGCUUGAUGUCCAAAGUCCAGCCAUUGACACUGAAGAUGAACUAUGAAGAACUUUAAACAGAGAGCUGAGGGUUCCUCUCCACAGGACAGAAGCAGCAGCAGGACUCCGUACUCAGAGGUCAAAGUGUCUCAAAGGGGAAAUCUUUCCACACAGACUGCUGACAAACCAGAAAUCUGUUCAUUUAAUGCUCUUCCUUUCUGCUCUGAAAAAAACUGCUCAUUAUUGAUCUGUUCCUGAAGUGUCUUUAUAAGUUUGUUGGGUCAGUCACAUAUAAACUCUCCAUUUGCUAUUUCACUGUUAAUAUAUUUGUAUUUUUUGUGCAAAACUUUCAACUUUCCUUACAGUCAUUUUAUAAUCUUCAUCCAGUCUGUUUAUGAAGCAUUUUUGUCAUAGUUUUUUAUUUUCAUUUGCUACGUUGUUGGCUCUGUUCAUUUUUCAAUGUAAGUAUUUGGAUGCUUCUUCUAAAUAAAAACAACACUCACA